ACUCUACGCAACGAGUCUAACUUGCGUUGCGACUUGAAAUCUCAAAGCUGUCGAAAUGGGACGAAACGUCAGUAUUAAUUUAUGAUUUCGUUGUCUUCCAAACACUGAAUACAACUUGGGUGAUAUGAAUGAAUAUGGAAAUGAUUCGUAAUCUACAAUGAAGCCCAUUGAAGUUAAUGAAGACAACUUUGAUUCCCUUCUUGCCUAUGAUGAUCUCUUCUUAGAUUACUUCAAUGCAUUUCUUCAAUAUCCAGCCUUCCCCCAGCCACUCUACUACAAUCGCCUGACUGGCUCCUUCCAGGAGGUAGAGGAUGAUUCUCCAUAUGGAGCAGUGCAUUCUUCUGGUGGAGACCCCAGGAGGAGGUACUAUGGACCAGGGGAUGCGGAGAGGGAGAGGAUCAUGGAUUGGGCCAGGAGGGAAAGAUUACCGCUAUUUCUCAGAACAAAGCUCUUCCUAGAAUACAAACUAUGCAAGCUUCUUAUCCGUCCUCUCGAAGAGCGUCGAUCAACCAGCCGUCCAAGUAGCCGAGGCCUUAGAGGGUACAGCCGAGAGACGGCUAGCUACUCUAGCACUUCCAUGAGCCUAGCCCAAAGCCAUGAAGCAUCUGCCUAUGAGAACGACAGUGAUUUCAGCUGGCCUGGUGAUGCUGACAGACUCUUCUUGUUCAAACACUUGCGGCCAGGAUCAAGAUGUAUUAGUAUGCCACCCAUGCUUGGGCUAACUGUCAAUGGUGCCUUAUGGAGUCCUAUAGAUGCGUAUCACUCUCGCAAGCUGUCCCCUCCCAAAAACUCUUCACGCGGAAGCCGUAAAGUGACCGGGAAGUCCAAAUCAUCAAGAGAGAACUCCAGGCCGGGUCAGAAGACAGAAAUAGGACCAGGUGGAGAUGCCGGGUCAAAGGUCACCUUGCCUGAUGUCGGCAGGGAAGAAACACAAUUGACCAUCAAGAGCAGAGAUACACAAAAAUCAAGAAAAAGUGCCUUGAAAACUGAAAGCAGCAAAGAAAACACCCCCAAGAAGAGGGCUACUAUCCAAAGUCCUAGUAGAGACAAUUCAGGGAGAAAAUCACUCACAGAACUUACAAACCAAAGACCUGAACCAGAUGGAGCAGAGCAACAAAAGACACCUUCCAAAGAAAACGAGGAUGAUGGCAGUGAUGAUGAGGAGGAUGAAGAAGGAAUCGAGAGCGAAGAUGAGAGCUUGAACAAUGAUAGGGACAAACUAGAGGAAGAAGAAGAGGUGGAGGAGGAGGAGCAGGAUGAAGAUGGAGCCAGCAUUGCUUUACCCCAAGCUGUCGUCGAUGAGGAGCAAGCCUUGGAGAGUGGUCUGAAGGAGGAUACACUAAUUGAUCAGGAUUUAAGAGUUGAGGGAGAUGGUGAAGCAGAACCAGAGCAUAGCAUGAUUGACUAUAAUGAGGAUCUCACUGCUGUAGAUGAAAGAACAGAGUCUGAAAUGAGACAAGUAGAGGUCAAGCAUCGGGUCACUUUUCAUCAACUGAAGGAGGAAAUCCUUGGCAGUUUGGUAGGUAUGGAGCUGUUCAAAGCUUUUUUGGCUGGGACUCUGGGAGAGGACAUGAUUAAUUUCUGGUUGGAUUGUGAGAUGUACCGUGAUAAUGUACAGAGCAUGGAGGGAGGUGCUGAUAUCAAAAGGACAAGGCUUUUCAGAGACAUCCAAGACAAGUACCGAUUCAAGCUGACUCCAGAUGCCCAGAAACAAAUCAAGCAAGCCCAGGGGAACAUUGGUCUGAGUGAAUCAGUCUUUACAAGGACGCAGUAUGAUGUACUCAGAAGGCUAAGGUCUUAUUGGGUAGCCAGGUUUCUCAUACACCAGGAAAGGACAGGAGAAUAUAGCUAUGACCGACUGAGAGAGCGCCACCAACGGAUGAUGGAAGAUGCUAAGAAACCCAUGGAUACCUUCCUCCCGUCAAUAUCCCUGGUCAACUCCUUACCCGUCAGGCCUUCAUCCUGCUUCCGAUUGGCUACCACCCAGAAGGACUGGUCAAUCGUUGCCCAUGGAGGGCGCCGUAUGGAGGAGUACAUCCGGCCGGGACAUCUCAUGACGUUGGACGACACCAAUUAUAUCCCAAGACCAAUGUCGGCAAGGUUUCACGUGGGGCUGGCCUGUGAUAGAGAUGCAGGAAGACCAUUCCAGAGAUAUCUUGAAAAUCAUUCUGACCGGCUUCUUCUAGCAAAUCUUCUCUUCUGGCAAGAUGUAUCUGACUACGUCGUAGCUGAGGACAGAUCAGCUGACCGCUUGCUUCUCAUGGGUCAAGCAUGGUCAAUCUUCAAUAAAUACAUCAUGGAUGAUGGAAUAUGGAACAUCGAUCUGCCUCCAGGAGAAAGGGACUUUAUCCAUAGCACUCUCCUCUUGACCAGUGACUUUGUCGAAGCUGCGACCUUUGACCGGGCCAAAGAACACGCAGUCCACAUGCUUCAGAGAGAAUGGCUUCACUUCUUGAAGGAAGACCUCAAAGUGUUUCUAGACUGCAGAGCCAGACCCGAGGAUCGUAUCCUGUCAGCGAGCUCUCAUCGAUCAUCCUACUCGGAGAGGUCUGCUGUAGCAAGACAGGAAUCGCUCCUGGGAAAACUGCCUUCUGUACAUGUAGCCCCAGCUACUCGUCGAUAUAAGCCCAGCGAUGAGAGUAGUGAGACAAGCAUUGAAUCCAGCGAUAAUGACAGUGACCCUGAGGAAGCUGCAGCUGCUGCUGCCUUGAAGAAGAAGAACAACAAGAAAGGCGGUAAGGCCAGCAAAGAGGAUGGAACCAGUCAGGCCGACAAAGAAGCCCUACGGAAACAACGGGAGGCCAAGAAGAAGAAGCAAAUUGCCAUGCAGCGAAAGCUGGUUCGACAGGCCAGGGCCAGGCAGCAGGCAGCCCAGAAGGGCGCCAAGGCCAACAAACAGGGGGUGAAGUUUGAAGGAAAGGAUGGGAAGGAUCAAGGGAAAGCAGGAGCAGCUGGAGGAGAUGGCAAAGGAGACAAGAAGCCUGAGGAUGAGAAGGAGGCCACUUUCAAGAAGAUGUUCAAGAACAAGAGUGUCAUGAACCUGUUCAGAACCUACGUACAAGAUUUUGAGAGUAAGGACGUGAACAACAUGAUUCAGAUGUACUUUGAUGUUGAUGUAUGCUAUCGUAUCCCUGAAACCCAUGCUGACAAACGAACAUCCAUUUCCAAACAGAUUUACAACAAUUUCUUUGAUCCAAACUCCAAAAGGGCAAUCCCAUUGAGUCGAGAUGUAUUAGCCAGGCAGAACAAUGAAGGGGAUCGUCUCUCUACCAAGACCAUGGAUAUGGCUUCCAAGUCUGUUCUGCCACAGAUCGAAGAGGCUUUCCAGAAUUUCUGGGCAAGUUACAUGGAAUCGGGAGAGGACCCUGGAUUGAUGGGUGAAAGAGUUGAAGGUACGGCUACUAGCAGGACUGAGAGCACACAGAGUAUGGUUCUAGCAUACAAGAGAAGGCGAAGAGGAAAGGGACCGCAAUCUGGUCAACAGAUGCCCACUGCCCAGGACAAGAAUGAGUUCCAAACCCUCUUGAUCAAGUCAGCCAGAGGGAUCCCAUCCCAUAAACUCAUGUACUUCCAUCGCUACCUGAUGGAUUAUAAUGGCAAGGAUGGCGGGGCAGAUUAUCUGGACAAGGAUCUCGUCUUUUAUCUAGAGGCACAGAGAUUUAAGGAAGCAUGCCACUCCAACAUGGACAUCUCUUUGUUAAAGAGAAAGGUAGAGGUUAUUUUGGACUGCUUCAUUGAUUCUCCUCUUUCCAACUCUGGAGUUCUUGUUGACAUAUCCACUGAGAUGGCAAGCAAAGUGAUGAAGAAAGCCGACAUUUUCUUGAAGGAUACGGGCAAAGAUCCUCACAACCCAAACUUCUUUGACGAUGCCCAGUAUGCCUUGUUCAAGGAGAUGCUGCCUUACUUUGCAGCGUUCAGUAAACGCUACCAACAGCCUUCCUAUCAGCAGGAUAGACUGCCAUAUUCAAAGUAUGAGAAACUUGCCCGAGAUCGACUGAGAAAAUUUAUGGAAAUGAAAGAACCAAGCACGGAAUUCAAGUUACCGCUGGUCAAUAACCCACCACAGAAUCGCACUGGUGGGACUGGGAUAACAUUCUCUAUCGGCGAUGGCUUGCAAUGGAAGGAAUGGGCUCAAGUUGAAGUCAUACCGUAGUAGAGGUGUUUGAUGGCAACGAGGGGAACGACGCAGCCAGUGAAGUGGGAUCCAUCCAGGUCCCUCGUAGUGCCAGGGCUAGCACCGGAGAUUCUAGCUCUACUCCCGGUUCCACACAUCAGAAGCAAUAUCGCAGCAAUCUAACCAGAUCCCUGGACUCAAUAGAUACACCACCUAGACCCAACAGGGUCAGUGUAGUUCCAAGACUAUCAGUAGUAGUCCAGGACCUGUAACUUAGGGACUUCCAUUUUGACCCACCGAUGUCAGUGUAGAUUGCAGAAGUAGUACAGGGCUCUAUUACAUGAUAUUUACUCUUAUGGUAACUUUGCCAUCCAAUAUGGUACAUUGCAUGGAAUCCUUGAUUUUGAUUGGCUGUUAGGCAUCAUUACAAUGGUAUUUUUCAUUUGAAGGUAAAGUUACCAUGAAUGGUAUUUUUUAUGCAAUGGGUCACAGAAAUUAAAUGCCAUUCACUGACAAAAAGAAUGUCACUCUGGUAGAUGAGUUUCUUAGUAAAUGAGGAAAAUGUGUCAUUGUAUUGUUUUAUGUGUGUACAUAUAGUUACUUGCUUUUGAAAUGUCUAUAUUUCAUAAAUUGGGGGCUAUGUGACUUCAAUUGCUUUAGCAUCAUGUAGAGCAUACAGAAAAUAUCCCAAAUCAAGGACAAAUUUUGAAAAAAAAAUCAGAGCUUCUUCCUUUAAGUUAAGGCACCUGAACAAAAUUCUGAUCGGCCUCUUUUAGUAGGUACCCUGCUCAGUGUUGUUUCCACACUAAUCCUCCAAUAUUAGCAUCUAGAAAAAACAAUAUGGAAACAUGAGAUUUUAAUAAAAGAUGCAGCAUUGACUUAUCAUCAGAUUUGUAUUUUGUAAAUCAUGUUGUUUUAUACAUUUUUGUAGAAUUUUUGAAACUCUUUCUAGAUCCGCAUCACAAAAAAAAAAUCAAACCCUUUAUUUUCAGCAAAAUUGUAUAAUUUGGAAAAGAGAAUUUCUAUAAAGUCAUAAGAAAUCUUUUAUCGCCCGAUCAUGCUUGUCAAAAAUUUCAGUAUUUAUAUCCUCAGUGCUAUAAAUGCUUAAUAUAGAACAAGAAGUUAUUAUAUAGUUUCUGUAUAAUAACAAUAUAUUUUAAAACUUGAACACUACAAAUAGUGAUAAUAUUUAUCUUUAUGUCAGUGUGUGUGUGUAUGUUUAGGAUUAUCUUGCAUGUAUAGGUUUUGAAUUUAUACUCAGUUUCAAUUUAGAGAUACAUAACAAGAUUUUAGUGGAUUCCGUUUUAAAACUUCGCUGAAUUAUUUUCACAGGGAAAAAUGGUAAUUGUUCUUUGGCUAUUUUCUUUCACCUCGGCUCCACUUUUCUUAAAGCAGUAUUGACAUUUUAUUGAUGCUGUUUAUUAUUUCAUAACUGUCAGUAAAGCGCACUUGCUUUUUCUUAGUUUCUCUGAUAGAGACUUUUUAUUGUAUUACUGAGCAGCGUUGUAUUAUCUGAUAUGCACAUUUAAACUAAAUUAAGUGAUAAAACUUUAGAACCAUACAACAUAUGGGAUCAGAUUCACUCUGUUUGUGCAUCUAUAUUUUCUAUAGGUAUUUUAGCAUUUAUAAUGAAAGUUCACAAGUCAGCAUAGCUUUAUCCGAUAUGCAAAUAUAUUUAUUGAAGAUUAACUAAAUUAAUAGAUAAAACUUUAGAACCAUACAACAUAUGGCAUCAGAUUGUUUGUACAUCUAUGUUUUCUAUAGGUAUUUUAGCAUUUAUGAUGGAGGCUCGUAAUUGUCAUGAGAAUAUAAUAUUUCGUUUGACAAUUGUACAAUGAUAGGAUGCAUCUUGUGAAAAAGCAUUGUGAUAGUUGAAUAAAGAAAUUGUAACAAAAAAUUGGAACAUUUGCACAAUAGAUAUUUUCAUGCACUUUGCCUAAUAUGACAAUUGUGCGAUGAAUGCAGUCAUCCUUAGUACUGUCUGUGGAAAGUGAAAUUGCACAUGUAGUUUUAUCUGGCUGAGUGUGACAAAUAAGUUGCAUGAAAAUAUGAAUUUUUACAAUAGGUGAAACCUAUGCAUCAAAGAACCAUACAUUCCAUUAUAUAUUUACCAAAACUGUUUUAUGUAUUCAAGUAUGUGAUGAUUGGAGUCCUUAAAGUAAUGUAAUCAAUUAUGAAUAUUUAUGAUGUAUUCAAAAUAUUAUAUCAUUCUACAACACUUUAAUUGUAAUUCAUCAGUAGUAUUUCCACUAUCCUCUUGAUGCAAAAUGUGCCUUCUAAUCAUGAAUUCAAAAUCAUUCCAUCCAUAUUUGAUGCCUUGACUGAUUAUUGUCCAAAGAAAUUAUUCAUAUUUAUUGACAUGUCGUAUGAUGUUAUUUUCACCAGCUCCAGAGAAAUUAUAUUUUUUGUUAGGUAUGAUUUGAAGACCGUUUCAGACCCAGCUACAUUGCAAGCCAGCUUUUACACAAGAUUGAUGUUAUACCAUGAAAUGUGAUUUGUUUCUUGACUUUAAACAUGUUACUUGGUUAAAAUUACUUAAAAGUUACUUAGUUCUGUAAGUUGGACAGUGGAGAUCUGUUUGAUAUCUAUCUUUAAAAAUAUGUGCACUCGUGGAAUUUCCAUUGUGAUUUAAUCUAUUCUCAUUUGGUUGUUAUAUUUAUUGUGGUUGAAAGGUAGUUUUACUUCUCAUAAAAGGUCGAUUUUUUUAAUAAAGAAGCAACUUGGAGUCUUACAUCAUGCUGCCAUGACUACUGUUUUUCACUGAGGUACAUUGAUUAGUACGAAUUAUAUUUUUUAGUAUUCACAAUGAUAGCCUAGCAUUAUGCAGGCAUUGUUGUUGUGUGAGAUUUAUGUUUGCUGUCAAGAUGAAUAGUCGAAGAAACAAAAUACUUGUGGUUUGCCAUUGUUGACUGCUCAAAAAUUAUGUUUAACGUAUAAUAAUAAAAUUGUAUCAUUAAUGAAUUGUUGCAUGCUGAGAAAAUAUAUAUCUUAUUCCAUGACAGCUGAUUUUAAAAUAUUCAAGUCAAUUCUAAAAUCAUUUGCAGCCAUUGUGUCAUAGGAAAAAAAAAUAUGAGCAGAUGUUUGGCAGAAACAAAAUUUUAAUCUACAUGUAUUUUUGUAUAAUAUAGGAAGCAUUUGAAAAAAAUAUUUUGUGAAAUAAUGCUUAGUUAUAAUUUUAGUGUCUCUCCUACUGAUUUCUGUCUAGUGAUUCCUUAUGAGUAAAAAAAUAUCUCAAGUUGGUGUUUGGAUUUUAGCCUAUGUAAGAUGUGGUGUUUGAAAGUAGUUUCUUUGUUGUUGUUGAUAUUUUCCCCGGGGGGGGGGGGGGGGGGGGGCAUAUUGCUGUACACACGCAUGAAAAAAAAAAGUGUUUUUAAAGGGGUGUUUUUUCAGUUUUGGACGCGGUCCGCGCGUGGACUCGUUAAGGGUAUCAAAAAACAGAUUUUCACGAAAAAGGGUGGUUUUGAAAGACUGGUCAAUGGUCAAUCGCAGGGUCAAACGUAUUUAGGGUAUGUUUUUCCCCAAAUCUUUUUUUUUUUUAAAGACUAGCCAAAUGUGUUUUAUUUUGGCGACAACUUGUUUAGGGGCCAAAAUGUGUAAAUAAAGCCCGCAAAAAAACUUGUUUAGGGGGUUAUUUUGCUCACAGAGAAAAACUUGUUUAGGGGGUGUUUGGAAAUUCCUUGGUCAUGCGUGUGUACAGCAAUAUAUUUGACUGCCCCCCCCCCCCCGGGUAUUUUCAUGUAUAUUUAUUUUUAACCAUUGAAGAAAAAUCUUAUAAAGGAUCUUUUACGGUAAUUGAAAUUGAUCAGUAGGCCUAUAUGUAUUCAUGUAUAUAAGUGCAAUCCGUCCUUGAAAUGUGUUUCCUCGAGUCUAUUGCAUCCCAAUGAAGAUUCCAUUAAAAAAUACUACUAAUGCCUUAAUAUAUGCUACUUUUAUAAAUAUAUCUGUAUAUUUCCAUAUUUUAUUCAAAGUGAUGUGUUUUUCUUGUGAAAGAUAUGAAAAUUUUGUUUUUUCAUAUCUCUGAGAUCAUUACAGUCAAUAUCUAUAUUUUGCACAUGAACAAAGAUCACCUUGUAUAUAUUUGUAUGAUACUGAUAUGUAUUAAAAACUGUACAUCUUACAAAUAAA